UUAAAAUUUUCCCUCUUAUUUUGAGAUUUCAAAAUUGGACAUCCAUGUAUUCACAACCAUCGAUCUUUUUCCCACGAUAUCCUCAAAACUGAACCUAAACAGUCUGUAGAAAUUGAUGAGUAUUUGAGGAAAUCGCAAAUAUCAACAAUUAGAAAUCCAAUAUAUUAUCAACCCUUAUCAAAUAUUUGGGUGAUUCUGGAAAAACAAGAAUUGGUUUGUAGCAGAUUUGUGGAGUUUUGCGGUUUUAGGGGUUUUUAGCCAUCUCCUAGAUCAUCAAAAGUCACCAGGGCUGAUGUCUGAAAGAUUUGGGCUACUAGCUGUAAUUGGAGCAUAUGUGAAGGAAAAUAGUAUUAAGGUUCAGUUGGAAACUGUUGCUUAACGAUCUUUGCUGUUUCUUAAUUUGCUCAUACUAGAGUGUGAGUACGAUCUAUUUGGGCAUGAUAGUUACAUGUACUUAAAUUGUGAUGAUUUUGAAGCGGUUUUUACAUUCACCAAGCUGACCGAUGUUGUCAUCACUUCUUGUAUAAUGUUCAUGUAUGAGCAAAUUAAGAAAGAGCAAAUACAUGAUUGUGGAAUAUGUUUUAUGAACCCGUCUGCAAUUUCGCGGGCUGAUCAACGCAAACCCAAACACAUCGAGGAUGCAAGUAGAGCGGUUGUAGAUCGAUUGUAUAAAAGAAAGGGCAAUGACAUCAUCCUAUUGCCCUACAACCCCGGAAACCAUUGGGUGUUGGCAGUACAAAACCUGAAAACAACUACUUGCUAUUAUCUUGAUUCUUUACGGCCUAGAAGUGUCGAUGAGCAGUUGAGGCAAAUUAUUGAUACGGCAAUGGCCGUGUAUGCUUCAGAAAGUGGUGCCAACAUAAGGGUUAAACUCAUAUGGAUUAACGCUAGGUGUCUACGUCAGCCAGGAGGUACUGAGUGUGGCUACUAUGUGAUGAAGUCCAUGAAGGAGAUAGCUUACGAAGGAGUUGAAAUACUUGACAAUGAUAAUGUUGGGAAAGGAGUAGAAGAAUAUUCGGCUGCGGAUAUGGAUCGCAUUCGUGAAGAUUGGUCGACUUAUGUGGUUAACUCUAUUUUUAAGUUAUAAAUCGUAUUUUAGGUGUUGAUAAUGUAUUGACAAACAAUUCUUUUUUUGUUAAACGUUAAAAUAUUUGUAGUAUACUUGACAAAUGAUUAUGUAAUGGAUUGUUUUGGUAUA